UCAGAUAUUCAGUUCUCGAUAUAAUGGAAUUCCCGAUAGAAUAAAUAAUCGCGUGUUUUUUUUCACGAGUUUGACGUCAUUUGACAAGGAAACCUCCAAGUCAACACUGUGUAUUCAGCUGCUUCAAUAAAAACUGUUUUCACGGUAAAAAUGUUCAGGAUAAAGCUUACUCAACCUGCAGAUAGGUCAAGACUACGGCUAUGGUCACCAACUGCUAUGACAUCAGCUUAUAAAAUGGUGAAAGAUGAAGGAAUUCCAGUAUAUAGAGCUGCAAAGCUAAAUGGAGUUCCUCUUACUACUUUGAGAGACCGGGUUGAUAAUAGAAUAUCAAUUGAUUGUGUCAAAUCAGGACCCUGCCCUGUGCUUUCUUUAGAUGAAGAAGCUAAAUUGUGUGAACACUUAAAAGAUCUUGCUUCUGUUGGAUAUGGUUACACGAGGGCUGAAGUAGUCAAUUUAGCCUCUGAUUAUGCUGUUUCUUUAGGCAAGAGGAAAGAUGAUCAGCCAUUCACUCUUAAUUGGUUUUUAUAA